AUGCUGCUAACUGUGGGAAUAGUCUCGGAUUCCGCCGCAACAUUAAUACCAUCAACAAAUGAACAACAAACAUACCUGUACUCUGGCGAAGAGAACUAUCGCCUACCUGACCGGGUUUGUUGUUUGUUUUUUUUACGAGCGAAACUUGCGGUGGGUUUCCCAUCAUCUCGAGUUGCGACGCUCCUUCCGUUGGUGCCCUGCCAGUACGGUUAGAAACCUGCGAUACUGCCGUCUGAACUCUGACGCCCGAUCACGAACUCUGGUGAUAUGUAGGUAACAGGACGAGCCAAUUUUAAAUCUUUGUUCCUAAUACGUUUACUACGCUUCCAACGCACAAUGGUUACUAAUACCACCAAUGCGCGGCCAACCUCUUAUUACAUACUCGCCCGGCCCCCUUUUGGUCACAUGAUGUGCCGACGUAACGAGGCUUGGUUCCCUAGCUGUUAACCUUUGUUAUUGCAUAACCUCAUGAAAACGCCCGUGGAAUCAGGCCUUAACAGAGAAGAACAAUACACAAUAUGCUCCUAAAACCGUUUAAGUACUACCUCCUCCGCAGGCCAUACAGCCCGUAAUGAGUAUGCCCGUUCGCAGGUUGAAAUUUGAAAUUUGAGACGAAGGCUUGCGUAGCUGUAAGGCCUGCUGAAUAACAUGUCGAUCACUUGGCUUAUAGUGUCGAUUACUCGGUAGGAUCAAAUUUCUUCAAAAAUAUGGCACAUCGUCUGCCAAUCUUUAGCAAUCCCGUUUUGCGAGUAUGUUCUAAAUACAUCUUGGCAGUUAUGGCUGAUAAAAGCGACGAGGAGAUUCAAAUAAUGGAGGGUUUUACAAGCACAAGCGACAGUGAUAAUAGACGUUGUGAAUCUAUCAUUUGGCCAAAUGGGAUGUUUUGACUACAUACACACGCAUUUAAAUAGUUACACUGUAUAAAAGACAAAUAUAAAUGGAAUACAUUUCGUGGAUAAACGGCCGCAUGCCUGACAUGUAAUAUCACUGGUAAUAUGCAAAUUAUAAACUGAUAUUUAUCUGCUUCUCUUCAUAAAUCAUUGUAUGCUUGUUUGUUCAGAGUUCACUGUUUUUAUGUAUAUUGUGGAUACGAAAAGCAGUCUAUAUCAGAAGUAGUUUUAACUACUUCUUUAAAAAGAAUAGACUAGACUUUAAAAAUAGACUAGUCUUUAAAAAGACUUUAAUAAUAAUAAUAAUAAUAUUGUUCUGGUAAAAUGAUAUAUUAAAUAUAUAUAAUUUGGUUUGUUGCUCCCGCCAUUUUGGAAAAUUAGUCCGCAGGCCUUUCCGUUCGUUUCCCACCAAUUUUAUUUUUUUGAAAGACCUGUGGAGGAGGUAGGUUUAAGUAGGUUGUUUUAAUUUUAAACUUGUUCACACUAUAGAGUUUUUGUCAUGAAAUACAAUUGUUAUAUGAAUGUUGUUGAUUUCGUCGCUAUAUAACAAACAUGCACUUAUAAUGUCGGUUUUCUCGGGAAAUAGUUAUAGUUUUAAGUUCUUUGUAUGUUUGUAUGGUGAUAAAAUAUAAUAGUUUUGUUUGUGGAAACACCACGUAAAUUUAUUUAAAUUUACGUGGUGUUUCCACAAACAAAACUAUUAGUUAUAGUUUUGUUUCCCCUAGCUAUAAUCUCAAUGUUUCCCACGACCGUCUCGUAUUGUUCUUAAUCCUCAAGGGAACGCAAGACAAUAGUCUAGUUCUCUCGAACAAUACGAGAACGCUACGAAAACGGUACAGUGUAAACGCUGCCUGAGACUCGGGAAAGCACAACUAUUUCCCUCGGGAGCAGACGUCAAUUGUAUAUAAUAUAUGCAGGCCUUCGUAACAAAUUCACGUUAAGUGGAGAAUUUUUGAUGUUGUAUAUGUUUUAAGGUCGUUUUCCACUAGGCCGGAAUUUUCCGUGCGGAGCGGAAAUUCUCUUUGUCUUUUCUUAUUAGUUCCACCCGAUAAAUCACAAGACAAAAUGUGCAAAAUGUUGCGCACGAUUUUUUGCGAUCGCUUUCUUUUGAAAUACAAACAGUCAAGCGGAACAAAUCUCAUUAGCUGUAGUUGACUGCACACAUUUCUAGCAGUGAGUAAAGCCUGUUUUCCACUAGGCGGAAUUUUGCGCGCGGAGCGGAAUUUUUCUUUGUCUUGUGAUUUCUCGGGUGGAACUAAUUAGAAAAGACAAAGAAAAAUUCCGCUCCGCGCGCAAAAUUCCGCCUAGUGGAAAACAGGCUUAAGUGUGAUGCCACUUGGUGACUGCAUUUUAAAAUUUUGAAAUUUUAAAACGUCAGCUAGCACAAUUACGUUGUACGAACGUUCGCCGAACGUGGAGAUAACGUUGGUAUUAUAAGUUGUAGUAACGUUAUUUUGUGAACUCGCAGGAACGUGGUGACAACGUCAGGAUUAACGUUAGAACACGACGUUGGUUCAACGUUCUUACAACGUUUGAUUAACGUUAGAACACGACGUUGGUUCAACGUUCUUGCAACGUUUGAUUAACGUCCAGAAAACGUUGAAAAUUAACGUUGUAGUAACGUCACUUUGUGAACUCGCAGGAACGUUGUGACAACGUUAGGAUCAACGUUAGAACAAUUAACUAAAGUCUUUGAUUUAAUCAUUUUAUUUAAUCAUUUUAUUUAAGGAUAAUAUAGGCUAAAAAUACUGAUCCAAUUUAUAGUUUGGAUGAAUAUUGACAAUAAUAUUUAAUUCAGUAUAGUAUAUGAACAAGCUUUCGUUGGUAGGGAUGCAACUACCUGAACAAUCUUGUAUGACGGAACUUUUUCUAGGCCGCAUUUUAGCGUGAUUUUAGUAAUAGACGUACGUAAUACUGUGCUUGAAUAACAGUCUGUAGUUUAAAUUACAGAAUUACCUGAACAAUGUAAGGAAAAUUUCGACGUUUCGAGUGAAGACCCUCCAGAGUAAAUACGUUGCUACGAAGGGCCUUCGCUCGAAACGUCGUAAUUCUUCUAGUUCUCGUUAUAUGUAGUUUGAGAUAGUUGCAUCCCCAUCUACACUGGCACAGACAGUUCAAUAUUUAAUACAGUAUACUAAUUAGUCAUUCUUGGAUUUCAUUGACAAAUGAACGAGUACUUCUGAAAUAUAUCUUCGAUUCAAGAGAGGCCCUGUAAAAUGUAAAUUAAUAUGGCGUCAAACAAACAUGCAGACACAUAUCAAAAUAAAUAUAUUUUGUUCGCCUUUUUUCCCUACAUGAGAUAGACACAUGGAAUUUUCAAAUGUUACAGAUACAAUAUAUAUACUUACAUCGAAAACAAAACGAACGAGCGAGUUCUUCUGAAAUAUACAGCAACUUCGAUGAGAUUACAGACUCAGCAUACAUUUCAGUUGCGUCGCAAGCCAAGAACAAUGGUGUAAUCUUUUCAAUUUGCCCGCGGCGCAAACACUUUACGUAUAUAUGGUCAGAAUUACCAUAUUUGGUGAGUUGUUGAUAAGCUGCCAAAUACAAAGGCCUACUGUCUGGCUUAAAAUCAGUUGGAUAAAACGUUUUCAGGACAAAAUUUCCAGUAAGAACUAACCAAGGCGACGUUCCUCGCGAUUCCUGCAGCUGAAUAGGCAUACGAAGUCAUAUGGCCUGAUGCGGUUUUAUACCUAUAUAGUUUAACUGUCAGGUUCAAUAAUAGAAGACAUAUGUUUAAUUUUUUUAGAACGUUGCGAAAAUAUCAAAUCUUAACGUCAAGACGACGUUGUUUACGACGUUGUUUUGAUGUCAUAUCCAAACGUUACACAUUAACGUUGCUACAACGUUAAAAUCUAACAUUGCCAUGAAGAUAUCGUAUGACAUCCUGGAACGUUGCGAAAAUAUCAAAUCUUAACGUCGGGACGACGUUGUCUACGACGUUGUUUUGAUGUCACGUCCAAACGUUACACAUUAACGUUGCUACAACGUUGAAAUCUAACAUUGCUAAGAAGGUGUCGCAUGACAUCCUGGAACGUUAAAUUUCAACGUUAAACCAACGUUUACACCACGUGCUCUUAUUCCGGAUAGAAAAGUAAGGUUGUGUGAACGUCGUGUGAAAGUUAGGUUAGAUCUAACUUUGCAACAACCUUUUACCAACGUUGUAAUAACGUUAUGUGCUAGCUAUACGUACGUUUCUCAAUCAAACAAACGUAAAAAGUGUGUUUCGUGCAUGUAAACUGGCUAUAAAAUAAUGCUGAAAUAAAGACUAGAAUUUUGAAAUGAAGAAAUUAAAUUAAUUAUCAAACCUUUAUUUUGUUAAUGUGGAGCUUGAAAUCCCCCCAGAUGUAACAAUCUCGUUUAACUGGGCUUUAAUUGAUAAGAUAUAUAUCCAUAUCGAUAGUAUGUUCUUCGAACAAAUUGCGAAAAGCAUGGGUACGAAAAUGAUUUCUCCCUCGCUCCUUUCCAUUAGAAUUGCUGAGUAUUUCUACCUCCUACGCAAGCCUUCGUCUCAAAUUUCAACCUGCGAACGGGCAUACUCAUUACGGGCUGUAUGGCCUGCGGAGGAGGUAGUGAGUAUUUCAUGUUGGGUGCAAUAAUAAUAGAGCGACGGAAGGUGGGAUAUUUGGAGUAACGAAAUUGAAAAUGGAAAGAAUGUACCCCAUGACGAAUUUUAUACCCUGUUAUGUAUACGCAUGUAUGUAAACUUAAUUUGAGGAGGUUAGCAAAUUUAAGCCAAUCUAUAUAUCCAUACUGUUUAUUUUGUCGUAAUGCUUGUGUUAUUUUUAGGGUGAUCUUGCCGCAAGUUUAGCAAGCUUACGUGAACACGCAAAGGUAAGCACUGACCUUUUUCAUGAUAGCAAAAGCUUUCUUUUGCUUUGGAAAAUUCGAACGAAUAUACUUUUUAUAAGCAUACCUAUGUAUUAGCUACAGUGAAAUAGCUAUAUUAGUGUAGGCUAAGAACAGACAAAUGCAUGAGUCAUAUAUUUUAGUUGAACAUAGUCGAAAAUUAAAUUAGAAUUUAAAAACUUUGGCUAAUUACUUUCCCAUACUACAGAUUUAACAAGGAAAUAAUACUGGGACUUGCUUAUAGUAAAUAAUACUGGGAAGUGUUCGAAAAUAAAAUGCUUUAUAAAUGCAUGUAGAUUAAGUAAAAUGUGACAAAACAGCGCGCGUGCGAAGUUGUGCUGUUUCUGAGUAUAUUGCAUGUACUCGUCUUAUGUUUGUAGAAUUCAAGUGGAACUCGCAUUAUGGAUCCCAAACGUUUUGAGGAAUGCAUUUUCUACUUGAACACAUAUGGCUCGUAUUCUGGUGUUGUUACGUUUUAUGUCAAUCACAAUCAUUUGAAACUGGCUUGCAGGUUCAUAUUAGAAAAGGUAUAUAUGCAUUUUAUAUUGCAAACUAACGUAAACAUCACGAUAGUGAAAAGAAUUAACAUCAUAGUUUUCUCAGUAGUAGGCAAUGUUUUCAGUUGAUCUCCCCCAUUUGAUAAUAGCGAACUUUAAGCAAGGCUUAAUCUAGUACGGGAAUGUGACAAGAAACAGCCUUAAAUUUUACACUGUACUAUACAAAAUCGAUAAACUAUCGACGGACGCAACAAGGGUGGAAAAAAUAGGCAAACACGCGAGAACUGCUUGCAGGAAAUGUUAAACAGCUGCAGGAAAUUCGUUUGAAUGCAGAUUUGCUAUUGAAAAUUUGAAAGAAACCUUAACACUCAUGUCCCACUAUGGGCACAACAACAUAUGGUUGACAGACAUUAUUUCUUGAAUUUAAAACCAUGGUCAGCUAGAACACUAUAUAUGCUCAUGCACAUGCAGAUUUAGCACAGAAAUACUCAGUCGGUUUGCAGGAAAAUUUUUGUCUCCAGGUUGUGCUAUACCAGGAAGAAAAUUAUUUUUCCUGCCCUGCCACCCUGGAACGCAAAUGCAAAUGCAUCGAUGACGGCGUGCAAGUACAAUAAUCAUAAUAUUGUAGGAAAGAAAUUAUUAAUUAAAAUCUCCUAAAAGUAUUAGAUAUUGCUCUCUCUAUGUUUACAACUGCAAAUCACAGAUUAUCACGUCUUGUAUACAACAGCUGCAUUUCAAGCUGCAUGGGACAACGGUUAUUUCUAAGUGAAUCCAAGAACUCUUUUCGACCAUAAAUCCUUGUCUUAACCUUUUGCGAAAAGUUGAAACCUUUUUCGGUGUUCUCUUAUUAACGUUUGUCAAAUUUGCCCUUUGACUGACCCAUGCACUCUUACUCAGGCGCGACAUAGCAUGCAGAGUAUCUAGGUAUUGUACCCGGCCAGCGUUCAAACCAUCAUAGCGAGCGAAAACUUUUCUAAUUCCUGGUUGCCGUGAUAUAAAAAGUAAAAACUGCAAAUUAUUUUUAUUUUAUUUUUGAAUUAGAGAUGCCUUCCCGAUAUAUUUACCGAACACCUGUUGAUGCCCGCGAUACGUCAUGGUCAGUUUGAACAUUUGCGUGAUCUGUUGAAAAUGUUUGACCCGACAUUGGAAGUAUGGACGCCUUAUCUGAAUGGUGCAUGUGGACAUCUUAGUCGUUCUAACUUCCUCAAUGUUCUGUAUCAAGUACAGCUACUGAUGAAGGUAAUGUAUUGGACUAGGGUGUAUAAUUCUACAAUCGUAACACAAGUUUUGUGGACACUUAAAUACCAGAUCUGUGCGAGAAGUAAAAGUAAAAGAUCACUAUUCAUGUACACGUGACUUCAUGUUUUCUUUCCCGCUUCCCCGGGCAGUGUUGGAUAUCACAUUGGAUUUUUACGAUUUUACAUGCAUAGUAUUACCUAAUUAAACCAAUGUGUACGCUAUUUGACCCAUUAAGCAGAAAUGCCCUAAUGCGCCUUGCUUUGUUAAUUAAUUUUACUCUUCCUAAAGCCAAACAAUUUUACUCCAUAAAUGAUAGCCUUGCACAUCAAUAAAUUAACCAAACAAUCUGUUAUCUUGUUAACCCAUGCAUUAGGCAACAAAACGCCCUAAUGCGUUGUUCUCUCUUAUUUUACUCUGCCUAACGCCAGACGAUUGUACUCGUUAAGGGGAGAGUCUUGCGCGUUAAGUGCUGACUUAGAAAAUGUAACCUACAUCGAUGGCUACUUGCAAACAAAGUUACACUUAAUAAACGACAACGAACAAUACUGUGUGUUCCUAAAUCAACGCUAUUAAAGAAUAUAUAAUGCCAUUGUUUCAUCACACUUUAAUUAUUGUAAGUUCGGUUUGGGAUAACUGUUCCAAGCAGGGCCGUCCCGAGGGACUCGCUUCAGGGGGGUGUUUGGUUAAAUCUACCUGAAAGUAUCAAAAGUUCGAAAUUUACCUGAAAAAAAUAUUUUUUUACCUGAAAUUUUUUUUAUGCGACCCCCCCCCCCCUUUUCGGUCAGUGUACCAAUUUUUUGGUCAAAAAUGUUUUCCGGACAUACCAAAAUUUUUCGUGACGUAAAAAAUUUUUUCCGGACAUCAUCAAUUUUCUCCAUUUAUCCAAAAAAUUUUUCUAAAAUCCAGAAAUUUUCUAAAAUUUUUGUAAAUUAACCUCAUUCUUUUCCAAAUUCACACUUAUUUUUGUAAAUUAACUUUCUCUUGGCCUAGAAAUUACCUGAAUUUGUGUUCAUUUACCUGAAUUUCUUCUGCAAAUCUACCUGGAUUUACCUGAAAUUGCCCACAUGCGCAAUUAUCAGGGGGCAUGGUUCCAAGUAUCUACUUGACAAAUUGCAAAACUUGCAAACUGAUAGAGCCGCACGAACAUCAUAUCAGGCACGGCCUAGAAAACAAAUUUUGUUAAACUUUUUCCUUGGCCUUUCCGGGCGUUGCCACCACGCCCCGGCGAAAGCAAGCAGCAGCACCCCCAGAUAUUUAUCCACCUCCCCCCCGAACGAAAAUAUGAAAAUCCGUCUCUGCAUCAUAUAAUGUUAGCGCAUGGAACGUCAUAUAAUGUUACAGUAGAGAGUUUGAGCAGACAACGAAGUACGAAGACGAAGGCAUACUUGACAAUUUUUGCCGUAUGUACAUUAUCUUGCGCAUACUGAGUUGGACGUCACUGGUGGUUGCAUAACGUAUCUUCCCAUGUGUCGCUGUUUAUGAAUACUGACCAUAAAUCUUGCCCUGAUCCAGAAAAAACAGCGAGACAUGAAACUAUAUCCCUUCUUUGUCCUUCUGCCUUCGUGCAGAACGAGUUUCACAACGUAAUUUGCCAAAGUAUUCGUUGUAAACGAAGGCAGAAGACGGGAUAUGGAUUCAUGUCUCGCUGUUUUAUCCUGAUCGGGGUAAGGAUUUGGGUCAGCAUUCACAAACAGCUAGACAUAAAUCUCUAAUCUGUCUUCACUCCUGACCCUAAACUCAGAAUGUGCAAGGUAAUGUGCAAGACAGGCAAAAAUUGUCAACCACGUCGUCGUCGUCCGACUUCGUUGUCUUGCUCAAACUCUCUAGUAGUUCCUCUAAAACACAGAUUUAAGGGCAACAAGACCAUGAAAAUGUUCAUGCACAAAAUAAUUAAGAAAUGAUAAAGUGCCAUUAUCUUUAAUUAAUAAACAUGUUAAAACAAAUUGAAACUAAUCAUAGGUAUGAUUUGCGAUGUAGCUAAAAGCAUUAAUAAUUAUGUUCUUGAUAAAUCCGAUCAUACAUGCAAAUGAAGAGGAUGUUUUGCUCAUCUUAGCUCGCAAUUUCUGAUAUUGCUUCAUAUCUUGUGUAGGAUUACUUCCGUGCGGCCAUGACGUGUACCAAGUUCUACCAAGGCUUACCACAUCACCCAGCUACUAGCUACACUGACCUCUAUUCAAGACUGCACUAUCUGCAGGAUGCACUCGCACAUCUCGAAGCAGUGCGUAAACAUCAACUGUCAAAGAAGGGUACACUGGCCAUGGUGACAAGCUCGCUGCAGAAGACAAUGGGAGAGUCAAGUGAAGAUAAAUCUCGCAUGACCGUCACUCCGACUGAACUGACGAGCCAUAUGAAUACGAUAACGUUGCAAAUUGAUGUAACACAAUUUAUGCAUAAUUGUUUGAUAGAAGGAACACUGAGGCAGAGAAAGGAAAGGACAAAAAAGUUUGGCACUUUGUUUGAUAAUGCCAGUGUUAAAUGUGAUGUUGUUUCCAAGGUAAGGUGAAAGUGUAAAGAUUGCAUGAAUUUCAAAAUUGAAUGCUUGUUCAAACGCAGUGUUGGAAAAUGUCCAGCAGCACCGCUUCCAGGAAAUUUUUAACAAAAUAUCUUCGCAGGAAAUUUUCUUACAACUUACAUGAAUUUUUGUCAACUCGUAUACUAGAAUGUCAUAUAAUUUAUACUUAUUGUUUACAAAGACCAUUUGCAAGUCGAGAUUGUCUUGUGCCGAGGUUGAAGUUUAUCACGUUGUGCAGCACCAUACUCUCUCUCUCUCUGAAAUAUAUAGCUAUCAUGAAGUUUUAUAUUUAUUUACCUUUUGACAACUAGAGCAGGGUCACCACAACAGCAUGUGCCAAUUACUGUGGGCCCUUUUACUGUGGGCCCUUUUACCUAUAACCCACCCUGUCAACUUUCCCUGUGGGAGGAAACCGGAGUACCUGGGGAAAACCCACGACUUUCGACAGAGCGUUUACUUUUACUCUUUUCACAUGAGGACUGGGUUCGAGUCGCAUUGAGAAAGUUCUCACUGAGGCUUGAACCUGCGGCCUCAAAGGUGAGAGGCAAAUGCGCUAACCACUUGGCUACCGAACACUUCUGCAAAUAUUUUAUUUAUAAUCGUAUGUGCAUGAUAUAAGAAUAAUUUGUUAUAUUAUCCGACAAUAAAUAAGUAAAAUAACCCAACUUUUGACUUGUACACAGGAAAUUUCUAUUUUUGAAUUUUGCUGCCAGGAAAAUAUAUUUUCUAUUUUAUUUGGACUCGAGUUCUCGCUCCAGAUAUAUACGGAACUCAUUGGCUAUUUAUACGAGUCGUUCCUAUCGGAGGAUAUUGGAUCGGGUUUGACUUUGUUUAACAUUUUCAUCCUGCAACAUUGUGCAACAUUUGACGAUUACGCAUUAUGACUUAGUACGUUCAACUGACAUCGUUCUACAUUGUUUGACCAAUAUUGUUGGAUUCCCGUGAAUAAGAUGAAGUGCAAUAGAAUUACUCUAUUUCGAGAGAGUGGAAAUUUCGGUCAAGGGAAGCAAAAUUAGGUUCGAUAUAGCGAGCUUCGAAUAAAAGUGAUUGAAAUAAAAUGGCCAAUCUCUGGAAAAUGGGUUUAAGUUCGAAAUAGUGGGGGUUUACUGUAACUAUUAAAUAGGCCUACUCUGGAACCUAAAAUCACCUUGAGGUUUUCGCAACACUUCCCAAAGUUAAAUGCCUUUAAUUAAGACCCAUUUCCACUUAGGAAAAUGUUCUGCAGAAAGAAAAUUUUGUAAAAUGUGAUUGGCCGACAUUUGGGCUCUUUCCAUUUGACGGAAAUUUCGGAAAUCUUGCUUGAAAAUCAAAUUGAAUGGAUGUUUCGAAAAUUUCUGACAAUCUCUCGAGGUUGUCCACAAAUUGGAAAUUCCAGAAGUUUCGAAAUUUUCACACUCCAUUAAAACAUUUCCCAACCACGUCGCUGCUUUCCAGUCUUUGAUGAGCAAAAACCGCCACCAAAACAAAAAUGGCGGGUUCUCGAUUAUUUCAGUGCCUUGAGUCUGGAUUUAUUUCGCCGAAUUCUGAAAGCGGCAGUGUUAAAUUUUUCAGCGAUUUGAGCGGCAGUGUCAAAUGUCAAAGUCAAAUGUCAGUGUCAAAGCAGCAACGUGGUUGGGAAAUGUUUUGAAACUUCCGGAAUUUCCAAUUUGUGGACAACCUCGAGAGAUUGUCCGAAAUUUUCAACGUGUUCCACUUGAUUUUCAAGCAAGAUUUCCGGAAUUUCCGUCAAAUGGAAAGCACCCAACAAACCUCUCAUUAUUUACAAGGCCUGCACGCUGUAGCGUUCCAUUUUGCCACUGGACACUCCAGAAACGCAAACUGGGCUUUUUGUUGAAAUGGAAAGCGCCCAAUCCGUCGGACAAUUUUUUUUUGCAUUUUCAGUGUAAAUGGGCUUUAAGUCGCCCAAAGUUACGGGGACUUUAGGUCGUUAUAAAGAUUUUUCUGUGCUGAGUGGUUAUAUUACUACCUGAAAUAAACAAGCAGAAUCUCGACGUUUCGAGCGUAAGCCUUCGCUCUCCCGCGUGGAAGAAACUGGGAGCCUAGAAACAGACCACGACAAUCCGUGUUGGCUGACUAUGUUUCAACCUGGAAUCAACGACUAAUAUAUUCCGUGUUUUGUUUUAGGUAUUACUAGCAGGGAGUACGGUGGACGAUGGUUUCAGUUUGUCCUGUCGAAUAAUGCAGGUAUAAGACUUUUGCUUUCUUCCCGCUAAAAAACGAUAUAUUUAUUAGCUUGUAUUGCUUGUGCACACAAUUUACCAUGGUAUUAUUUGUAGGAUUUUCGACUGCCUGCCUUAAAUGUGUACAAGACGGUUGCAGAAAGAUUAGUAAGUGAACAGAAAUUUAACGAGAUUCAAGUGUUAUUAUCGAAUGCAAUUCAAACAAGAUUAAUGAAUGAUAAAGACCAUGACGCUGUUGUCCUUAGUUUGCUUGGAAUGUUAACUGAUGAUGAUAAAAAGGUACGUCGCUUUAUGAAGGCCGGUCCAUAUGAAUGUGUGUGAAUGUUUCUUUAACAAUGCGUGCAGUGAGUGGUGGGACUUGGUCUUGUGUUAGCUUUACCAAAAACAUUUUUGGUAAUUAUGGGCUUGGAAGUACUUGAUCAAUAUCUUUGAAAAAGCUUUACGCUGUUUUUCACCUUAAAUGCACAGUUCAGCCUUUUGAAUGAUGGUUUUUAAGGCGCAUUUCAAUACAAUGCAAUACAAUUGAAAAAAAAGCUAACCAGGAAAAUCAAUUAAGCAUAAUUCAAGAUCAACAACCUUAAUGUUUUUAACAUUUUAAAACAUUUUUAUUGUUAAAAACAUUGAGUUUACUGAUCUUGAAUUAUGCCUAAUUGAUUUUCCUAGUUAGAUUUUUUUUCCGAUUACUGUGGGGGAAAGGAGGCACUUUUUCUUGUGCGAGAAUCUUUACUGACCCAGAAAGAACACGAAAGUUAUUUUGGAAGUUAUGAGCUAUCCAUGUCAGAACUGGCCUGGGUCAUUCAUGCCCGAAAAUGGGAGGAAGUGAUUUGUCAUAGAUCUAUACAAAUACAACUAGAUCGAGUAUAUAUUGUGUAUGUCGACGUUGUGAGCUCCACCUCAUGUGCUCUGGAAACAAAAAUGUCUCUUACCUUUCGAUACGAUCGAAGUGGGAAACCAAUUUAAAGGACGUUCGCAAUGGACUUUAGUUGAUCUAGUCAUCUACUCUUAUUUUAUAUUUUUUCAACGUCUGUCUUUGUUUUCAAAAUAUUUUGUUUGAUGUGUAAACGAACUGAAUCUAUGACCAAAUUGGCAUGAUACAAACUUUAAAAGACUGAAUAUUUUCUGACAGCACUGAAAAAAAAGCAGAAGCAGAUGAAAAAAAAAUGAAAAAAACAGUUGAACCCCUAUAAACGGGCGCCUCUUAUUAAUCCCUAAUAAGCAGACACUUCCUUUAAACAGAUGCAUUUUGUAACCGCAUCCCACAGGUGUGAUCAACUUAAAAUCUAUUUCCGAUUGCACAAGGUUGACAUAUUUACAUCCUUGAUGAUAACUUGAUUUUUUCCAUAGUGGAGGCAAGCUGAAGCGCUUAUAAAAUCUUUAAAAGAUGAAGGAAAGAAGGUAAAUGUAAAACAUCCGUAAUAGUGGGGUGGAUAAGUGAAAGAAAGCACCAUAUUGACAGGAUGUGUAGACUUUGACACAAGUAUGAAUAUCAGAUAUAGAGGCAUCUAUGAAAUUAACGCUAUAUAAUAGCCAAAAAUUUGGAAUUUCUGACAUUUUAUUAAUAAAUUUCUAUUACUGAUGGAAAUUUUAAAACUCCAAGGUAACUCACAGAAAAAAUAAAUUGUAUGGUUGAAACGUACGCAAAAAACUGUCUAUAGAACACUAAAGCAGUUAUUUAUUUUCCAAAUAUUUCCUGAGCUGCAACCUGUAAAAAGGCGAUUUGAAGCUAGUGCCAGACUUUGCACCUAUUUUUUUUUAACUAUUUUGUGCGAUUUCGAAACUGAUUAAUUUCAAAACGACUUGGCAAAUAGAAAAACUGCUUUAAUAUUCUAUAGACAGUUUUUUUGUGUACUUUUUAGCCAUACAACUUAUUUUUUCUGUGAGCUACCUUGGAAUUUUAAAAAUUCUAUCAGUAAUAGAAAUUUAUAUUCAAAUAUCAGAAAUUCCAAAUUUUUAGCUAUCAGCGUUAAUUUCACAGAUGCAUGCUUCCAUAUCUUCCAUAUCUUCCAGAUGUUCAUGAUUGUCUCGAAGUCUAUACAUACAUAGUGUCAAUAGGCAAUUCCAGCUUUUAGCUUCUGCGGGCAGGGGAUGAUGGGAAGUAAGGUAUCAUAUUGCUGAUUAUGCUGAAAUAUUUUAAUAAAAACUGCCGAAACAACAGAAAUAUUUCAAUACUUACAAGUAUAAGCUAUCACUCCGGGUUUACACGGACACCAUUUUUAUUUUUUCAGCCUAAUCAGCAAUAUGUUACCUUACUUCCCAUCAUCCCCUGCGCGCAUAAACUAAAAGUUGGAAUUGCCUAUAUGGUGCUUUCUUCACUAUAACUGCACAAUUAUUGCAAAAUUGUGUGCUUUUCCGCCCCACUAUAACAAUUGCUGCAUGUAUGAAGCUAACUUAUUAUGUUUAGUUCAAAUUCUAUGAAUGUGUAGCUACUUGAUUGAGUCAAGGGAGACAAAUUUGUCCCAGGGACAAAAUAGUAUUGAAUAGCGAAGAGAGAGUGCCUGGGACUAGGCUAAUAACAUCCCUGAUUGGGAAUUAUAAUAUUGCGUUUGUAAAUUCUUAACGCUGAUUGGCUAAGAGCCGUGUUGAUAUAACUCAAUGUCAACACGGGAAAUUUUCCGCCGCUUGUAAACACAGAAUUUUUUCUUAUCUUUCGAGCUUUUGACAUUGCUAUAUUAUAAAAAAAAUAUAAAACAUUUUUUCCGUAUUGAUAUAUAGUUAUAUCAACACUCGUGGAAGUUGGGAAAACUCGAAAUUGUAUGAAAUUUUCUCGUUUUCCCAAUUCCACUCGUGUUGAUAUAACUGUAUAUCAACACGGAAAAUGUUUUAUAUUUGUUAAAUGUAAAUUAAUUGGGGGUCUAUUGUAUUAAAAUUUAAAGCAGAGACAAUUACUAAGGGACAAAGUAAGUUAAGUAACGACCUUACUAACGUAUAUUUGCUAGAACUUAAUAAGGUUUUAACGCCGUUUACACAAAGUAGAUGAACAUUUUCUGGAUAUUUCCCUUCUAAAUUUAGGACUUGAUCACUAUUGAUGGCGGGCUUCUAGUAUUUCCUUUGCAUUGUUAUUUUGGUAAAAAUUUCUGCAAUCUACCCUUCCAGAAAGUACGUCAUUUUGCCUAUAAAGCUUCGUUUUCGUGUAUGUAUAUCAUUAGUUAAAGCCUAAUGUCUCAAUUAUAAACUCGUUUCCCGAGCAUGCCCGUUCGCAGGUUAAGGGUAGGCAUAGCUCUGGAGAAAUCGAAUUGAUUCAGGCCGCGUCACCGGUGAUUGGCUAGCUGCAGGUAGUAUACUUUGGAUUUCCAACGUGAGAAUUUCUCGUUGAAAAUUUGAUACUUUUUACACUGAAAACAACUAAAAAUUCUGGGGGAAAUAUGUACGAAAGCUUCGGAUUGAUAGGGAUACAACUACCUGAAAAAUACAAGGAAAACUUCGACGUUUCGAGCGAAGGCGCUUCGACUUGUACUGUUAAUGUUUUGAUACAUCGUCAAGAAUGAGUGGACGUUUGCUGUGAAGUGUGGGCCUGCGGUUGAUGUCUUAAAAACCGGACUAAACGUUUAAACUUCCUUGACAUUGGAUUAUUGACGUUGCUCUCAUACACUAUAUAUGUGCUUUAAAAUUUAAAUUUUACUUUCCUGUCAGAAUUUAUGGUAUACAGUGCGUAGUGUUAGAUCCACACUUGACAGCAAACAUUCUCUCAUUCUUGAGGAGAUUAUAUUUAUCAUGAAUACCGGCAGUUUAAAAGGUCAAAUACGAUGUAUACAAACUAGAGGUGUGCAAAUCCGAUCCGAAACCGAUCCGAAUCAGAUCCGAUCGGAUUUCAGAACCAAAAUAUUCAUAUCGGAUCGGAUUGAUAAAGUUGUUUCGUAGUCGGAUCGGAUCGGACUUCGAUAUCCGAAAUAAAAUGAAUUAAUUAUCCACGCAUUGUCGCAAGAAUUAAUUAUCCAUGCAUUUAUCAAAGCAUCAUCGCGGUUGUCGCUGCAUUAUUCGUUUGAUACUUCAAUUGGACGUCACUUUGUCAGCUUCUUGACAUAUAUUUCUUGCUUUUAUAUUUAUUUGGUUAAACAUUUCAACUUGAAUGAGAAAUUUAUUUUAUUAAAAAAUUCUUCGGAUCGGAUCGGAUUGGAAUUCUUUUUCAAUACUCGGAUUGGAUUCGGAUUAGACAAUUUCGGAUCGGAUUUUAAACAUUAGGCAAUUGUCGGAUUAUAAACGUCCAAUCCGAUCCGAUGCACACCUCUAGUACAAACACUAACAGUACAACUCGAAGCGCCUUAGCUCGAAACGUCGAAGUUCUCCUUGUAUUUUUCAGGUAGUUGUAUCCGUAUCAAUCCCAAGCUUUCGUACAUAUUUCGCCCAGAAUUUUUAGGUGUUUUCAAUCGAUUUCAGUGUAAAAAGUAUCAAAUUUUCGACGAGAAAUUCUAAAACUUUGUUUCUAUUUUGCAACAAUUGCCGAGCAUGCGCACAACUCACGUUGGAAAUCCAAUGUGAAUCAAUUGGAUUUCUGCAGAGCUAUGCCCACCCUUAACCUGCGAAUGGACAUGCUCGGGGAACGAGAUUGGGCUUUAUAGCCAAAGUGACGUACUUUACGGAACGGUGUAUCAGGGCGCUGUACGUGAAACACGGGUGUUUAAACGCACAGAUAAACAUAUGUGCAUGCAGAACAGGUGGGAAAUUUGUCUGAGCAUGCGCGAGCAAAAUAAGCCACGCAAUUGCGUGGAAUACACGCAACGCGUGUUUACAAAAAGGCACAGUCGUGUAAAUAUUGCCAAAUGUUUGUACAAAAUAAAUGACUGUUUUAUGUUGAAAAUGGACAUAAUCUAAAUUAAUCAUACAGAAUUGUUUAGUGACGUUCUAUUUCAGUACCCUGCCAUUGUCUCUGGUGGGCUGUCCGUGUGUAUUCGAUCUGAAACAGUUGCUACUUUGCUGUCGAAAAAUUUCGAAUGUUUACAUGAAAAUAGAGGCAAGUCGUGCAUUUUACAACCUCGUAAACUGUAUGAGCCCCUAUUUUUACGCUUAUACCUAAGAUAUCAAAUAAAAAUACAUGAAACAGAGAACAUUUUUAGAAAGUUUUAUCGUGAGGCCACGGCCAGUUUUUAAAAUAUCUUUAUUUCUGUUCCGGUCAUCACCAAAAUUACACUAAAGCCGGGCUUGAAUAUACAACAAAUUUUGAAUCUCAUCAAGUACAAAAAUAUUUAACGUGUAACCAAAAUAUGCUCAUGAAAUCGAAAUUAAUAGCUAAAUUUUCAAACUAGACCCUUCUCGAAGCGGUUUUCAUGAAGGAAGUUCACAUUUCGGCCUUUGAUUCUUGGCAAAAAUUUGACCACAACACGUGCGAAGCAACUGGGUCUCAAAGACUGAACUAAAACAUUGUGAGCCCCUAUUUUCCUGACGAUAUGUUUGAUACCUACAAACGCCGAAAAGUUUUUUCUUUUCAUUUAGCUAUAUUUGAAAUUGAGGCCACGGGCUAUUUUUGAGAAAAUACAGUUCAAAGUCAAGCUAUUUUUACAUAUUUUCAAAAUUUGUCAAAUUUCGCGAGCUUGUAUUUUGAACUUAGACAGCUGAAGUUACAUUAAGAAACAUAGGAUGGAAAAUGUGAGACAUAUAAAGUUAAUUUCAACUUGCAUUUCAUUCUCAUAUCUCGUCUUUCUUCGUUUAUUACGGUUUUAAACAAGCCACAGAUCGACGUGUACGGUAUUUACUCCCUUCUUGAAAACUUUCUGCUUUGUUUUGAAUGUAAAUGCAAUGAGCUUUGUUUCUGCCCGCGAUUUUUUUGGUCAGCGACGACAAAUUUCCCACCUGUUUGCAUGCAGUGUUUUACAGCACCCUAUGCGUGUUCUAAUGUGGAGAACGUGUCCUAUAUAUAGUCGUACUAGUUUUCACAUCUCCCCAAUUAAGAUUUACUACGCCUUUGUUUUUAUCCUUUGACAUUUUUAGAAAAACUAACAUAAAUCUUCAUUUUCGUUAUAGGUUGCUGCUUACAUACGUUUUCGUCGACUAAAAACUGCCUAUUUGAUAGCUGUGGCAAGUGAUAGAGUUGGCGAUGUGAAAACCAUUGCAAAUAUGGCAAGAGAAACUGAACAAACCAAAGUAUACAAUAUUUGUAUGAAGUGGUUGGAAACCAGACAGGCAAAACAGGAAAGACAAGACGUUUUCCUUACAAGAGACUGA